GAGGCAUUAAGAAAUCUGGGGGUGGGGAGUCACUGGGGGCAUCAAGGGGCGGGGCCUCUUGGGACAACAAGAGUUGGGGUUGCUGGGGCUUGUAGCUUUUACAGACACCAUGGCCACAUAGCCAAUGGAAAAGAGAACAGAGUGUACCUUAGUAGAACGUGUGCUGGUCAGCCUGUAUCUGAAGAAGAUACAGAUAUGAAUAGCACAGUGGGGAGGAAAGAUGCUGGAGACACAGCAACCUUGAAUGAAGAAAUGGCCACAUCCUCAAGUCCUCAAAUUACGCCUCUGUGUGAACGAGAUAAGAUCCCAAGUAUGGAGGAUACUAGGGAUCAGGAAACAAGAAGACGAAAAGACACAUUAAACCCUGCAGUCUCUCAUCAGAACUUGAGAUGGUUUCAGCGCCCUGAAGUAGCUUCACCUCAGGAGGAGGAACUGAGCCAAAUCCGGGAGCUUUGCAUGCAGUGGAUGGAUCCCGAGACUCAUGGCAAAGAGGAUGGUCUAGAUAUGUUGGUGCUGGAUCAAUAUGUGAUUGUCCUGCCCAGAGAGAUCAUGACUUGGGUGAAGUCACAGCCUUCAGAAAACAGUGAGGAAGUGGAGAUCCUCUUGGAAGAUUUGAGCCAGAUGUUUGAGGAUAACGUUCUAUCUUCUCAGGAUUCUGCUGUUUCCCAGGAUCAGAGCUCUGCAGAAAAGGGAGCAGCUUCUAUGCCUCUGCCAGAUGAAUCCCAGGACUCUGUGACAUUUAAGGAUGUGGCGAUAAUGUUCAGUCGAAAAGAAUGGUGGCAUUUGCAGCCAGCCCAAAUGGAGCUGUACAGGGAUGUGAUGAUAGAGAACUACAAUAACAUGGUCUCUGUGGGGCUUCUUACUUCUAAGCCAGAGCUGAUAUCCCAGUUGGAGAGAGGGGAAGCGCCAUGGAUGCGGAGCAGAAUUGUCUCUAGAGGUUCUGGUGCAGGUUCUGAGAACAGGUUUGUUACAAAAGAAUCUGCUCCAAGACAGGGCAUUUAUUUGAAAGAUUCGUCUCAGGAAAGGUUCUUGAGAGAUGGUCCCUCUGCCUCUACAUUAGGAAGAGCCUUGAAAUGUGAGGAGGACAGGUUGGAAAAGCAACAAGACAACCGAGAGAGACAAUCUGGUCAAGUAACAGUAGAACAGGAGAAAACUUCAAAAGUGAGAAGACCUAGAUGUAAUAUAUUUAGGAAAUACUUCAGGCCAGGGUCAGGCCUUGUUACAAAAAAGAAAGUUCCUACAGGAACAAAUCUCCAUAAAUAUAUGAAACAUAAAAUGACCCUCAAACAGUAUUUAGAUCUCGUUAAAAGUAAAAUGACAACUCCAGAGAAGAAACCCAAUUUUAAGGUAAGGCCAAAAACCCGAAGUUAUUACUCAAAUCUUUUUAAGUCUCGUAGAAUACCUCCUGGGGAAAAAGGUUAUAAGUGUAAAGCAUGCGGGAAAACUUUCAUCUACAAUUCAUCUCUUACUCGACAUCUGAGAAUCCAUACUGGGGAGAAACCCUACAAAUGUUAUGAAUGUAAGAAGAGCUUUAGGCGACGCUCAUUUUUUAAUCUACAUAAGAGAGUUCAUACUGGAGAGAAACCUUUUAAGUGUAAUGAAUGUAAUAAAGCUUUCAUUCGGGACUCAUCCCUUUUUAAACAUCAAAUAAUUCAUACUGGAAAGAAACCUUACAAGUGUAAUGAAUGUAAGAAAGCCUUUACCCAGAGGGGGCUACUUACUGAACAUCAGAGGAUUCAUACUGGAGAGAAACCCUUUAAAUGUGAUGUGUGUAAGAAAGACUUCAGCCACAAAUCAUCCCUUAUUCAACAUCAGAGAAUUCAUACUGGAGAAAGAACCUUCAAGUGUAACAUAUGUGAAAAGGCUUUCAACCAGAGCACCCGCCUAACUGAACAUAAAAGAAUUCAUACUGGAGAGAAACCAUAUAAGUGUAAUAAAUGUGAGAAGGCCUUCACUCAAAGAACACAUCUCAAUGAGCAUCAGAGAGUUCAUACUGGAGAGAAGCCCUAUAAAUGUAGUCAUUGUGAGAAAGCUUUCAGCAACAGCUCAUCCCUUACUCAACAUCUUCGAAUUCAUACCGGAGAGAAACCAUAUAAAUGUAAUCAGUGUGAGAAGGCCUUCAGUCAGAACUCAUCCCUUAUCAUACACCUGAGAUUCCAUAGUGGGGAGACACCUUUUAAAUGUAAGGACUGUGGGAAGGCCUUCAGCCGUAACUCAUCCCUUACAAGGCAUCAGAAAACACAUAGUGGAGAGAAACCUUUCAAGUGUAAUGAAUGUGGGAAAGCCUUUGGUCGGAACUCAUCCCUUACCGACCAUCAGAAAAUUCAUACUGGAAAGAAACCUUAUAAGUGUAAUGACUGUGGAAUAUCCUUCAAUCAGAAUACUCGCCUUAUUGAACAUCAGAGAAUACAUACUGGAGAGAAACCCCACAAAUGUGAUCUGUGUAAGAAAGCCUUCAGAAGUAGUUCAGCUGUUCUCAGGCAUCAGAGAAUUCAUAGUGGAGAAUAACUGGGAGUAGGAUCAUACAUGGUGAAGCUUCCGUCAUGCUUGUCACUGAUUACAUACCACAGAGUCAUACGAUCACAAUCCUCCACUUGGGAUUUUUAAAGAGAGAUUUCCCUCUUCCUUAUAGUACACUGCUUUCAAGCAACAGAUUUGUGCGAGUUGAAGCAGGAAGGAGCGUUGUUACGAGAUCUAUAGUAGUAGAAGUACCAAGCCUUCUAGAGUAACAAAAGGAGGAAUCUUUAUUAAGUUUCCAACUAGUAUUAGAACAAGUGGGUAGUAUCUGUGAGUAAAGGGAUAAAAAAAGUCCUGCUAAAGUAAUUGGAUAUUUAAAAAAAUACCCCUGUGACUUUUGCUAAGUAUAAACUAGUUGUGAAAUAUCUUCAGAUUCUUGUACAUUUCACCCUGAAAGAAGUUCCUAGUGGUAGGUGGACUAGUGAAGAGUGGGGCCUGGCACUAGAUCUAAAAAAUGGAGGGGAUGAAGCAGGACCCCUAGUUUAGGAGUAAGAAAGAUAGAAAGUUAUUUGCAGCUAAAAAAACUCAUUUCUUUUUCCUUUCAAGACAGUUGUGGGAGUUGGGAUAGAUAUAUUCUUUGGUUUCUUGUCAAUCUCUUCACUGUACCCCAGGGUUCCAGUGCAAUGCCCUAUGCUGCCUUCUGACCAUCCAAAGUCCUUCACUGUAUUCCCCACUCAUCCUUAUCUUCUUCCACAACAUUACAUUCUUGAAUUACAACUUUCCUGCCUCUUCUCAUUAGGAUUUCUGUUUCCUCAGUGCAUCUUAAUAUGGCAAGUCAAUUUGCACUCCAUUCCCAAGAUUCAGUUUCCAGUCUGUUCCUUGGAGAUUGAACUAUGACUUACUGGGGGAUAUUAUCUUCCUUGGCUCACACAUUCCAGUCAUGUCUGAUUCCCGCCUUUCCAAAGCAAAGAUUUUACAUCUUUGGAAUAGGAUCAGAGGAGAUGAGCUGAAAGCAGUCUGGAUUUUGGGCCAUGUGGGGUGAAGUUUCCCCAGGUCUCUCUCUUUCUUUUUUUGUUCCUGUCCUUGUCUUCUCUCCUCAAAAUCCUCUUUUGCUUAAUCUUGAAUCAGGUAUUAGUAACUAAAGCAACAUUUUUGGCAGCAUUAUAGUAUCAUACAUCUAGAGUGGGAGGACCUUAGAGAAUGUCUAGUCCAACUAGUUCAUCUUAUUGAUGAUAGAACAAGAUCAUGCAGGUGAUAAGUAUCAGAGUCAGGAUUUAAUUACAGGCCCUGUGACUUCAAAUCUAAUGUUCCUUUCACUGCAUCUCCAUUAAGCAGGGAAUUCUCGGCAUCACUAGGCUAGUUGAAAAUGUGAUUGCCAUGAGACCAGAAAUGGACACAAUCUUUGCCUUUCUCCCUUAGCUAUGGUCUCUUUCCAAGAGUGUUUCCUUUACUUUUGUUCCUAUAUUUAACCCUGUUUUCAAGUUUGUAAUUAUAUCCUCUUCCUCCUCCAUCAUGACAUCAUCAUGAUACCAGUAUUUUCCAGUUUACAAAGUACUUUCCGAUAACAACCUGUUUAGCUGUCCUCUUCUAGGGGCCAGUUUUCUUUCCUUUCAAACUCAGUCCCACUCAGAUAUUGGCUAAUUACUCAGGUGUGAGGUGAUGAGUAGUUAAAUGGUAACUCCCUCACUUAUAACUUGAAACAGUGGGAUUAUGGUUGGCAACUAUUUCCCAUGGUUUUAUUCCCAUCUAUUUAUCAUAUCCUGGGGAUGGCUUUGGUAACAACAAAUUGCCUCACCCUGUAAAAACAGAGUUCUAUUGCUUUUCUUUGAAACUCAGCUCCCUAGAUCAAGCUGAUUUUCAGAAUCCUAACAAGCCUUUUGUUUCACUAGGUUUUAAACUGUCUCUGUCUCCCUUACUCUUAGUUAAAUCUUAUACUGCAGAACUAGCUAUUAGGGUGAUUUAGAUAUCAUUUUCCAACUGAUUCCAAAUUUACCCUCAUAGCUAAUGUGUUCUUAUUUCUUGAUGUUCUUCCUUUACAUCUUAGAUUACUUCAUAAUCUUAAGCUACAUGAUAGGUACAGUCUCCAAAGUGAGUAAGGUUAUAGUCUUAUUAACUUCUGCUGUGGAAGCUAUCUCAGUUUCUAUAUUCAAUUUAGGGUGUCAGUUUUAGGAACAAUUUUGGCAUAUUGGAGCACAUGCAGAAGAAGGUGGAUGUGGUGUUGUGGAUGUUGAAGGUAACAGAUUGUGUCACGUGAAGAACUAUUGAUAGAAAUGAAGUAUUUAGCUUAGUUAAGAUUGUCAAGUUAUUUGACUUGUCAAGUAUUUGAAUCAGAAAGUGAUUCAGUUUUUUCUCCUUGGUCUAAGAAAACAAGAUUAAGAGCAACUCUUGAGAGUCUCUAAUGUAAUUUUCUCUAAACCUUAAAGCUAAUUUUGCAAAGGUGUGAGCACAAAAAAAAAAAAAAAAAAAAAAA